CUGACUGUCUCUCUCCUGAACUCUGUGUUCCUUGCCGUCCCACGAUUCGUCAACUUCGUCAAAUCUCACUUCAGUUCCAACCCAAGAACUUCAUUGAGUACAACCAGAGUAUAAAUGACCAUAUUGCUAAGAAUAUUGCAGUGGAGCAGGAGUUGAUGGUAGCCUGGAGUCUGGGUGUGGGAGGAGACCACAGCUUGCUUCCCGUACCGGCGGAGACAGAUUACUACCUGCCACUGCUGGAGCUGCUGUUAUCCUACACCCAGGUGUUUCCGCUGUAUCUUCCGGCCACGUUUGUCACCAAGCUGCAGCACACUACGCUUGACACUAUCGACAAUCAUACAGCUGAGCUAUUCCAGGUCAAGCUCAUUAAGGUCGCCCUCAUGUUCCGCAGCAUUCAGCCCUCGCAGCCCGACUUCAAUGAAAUGGUUCAAACACUCAUUCCUCUUCUGUCAAGACAAGACGAAGCCAAAACUGUGUUGAAGAGCUUAAUGUUGAAAACUGGUUACUUUGAGGGCGUUGAGUCGGAAGUGGAUGCAUGGGUGACCAACUUGAGCCUGUUUCCGACUUGUGACUUUCACCUGCCGCUGAUGUUGGCCGCCCUGACUGAAGUCGUCUCCAAGCCCAAGCGUUGCAUCAAAAUGCUCGAGGAAUCCAGCACUACAAACCUUCUUUCAGAAGAGGAUGAAUUUGACUGGAAUGAACUUAUUGAAGUAUCAAAAAAUCCCACAAAAGCUCUCACUCCUUGGGAUAAAAUGCUGCCCAGCUCAAGAUUGAGUAUUUUAGUCCCAGCUCUCAUUAGAGUCUUGAACAACACUGAUGUCGAGUCUCCCUGCAGUUGUAAAUUUGUCUCGCAUCUUCUUGGAGAUAUUGCAUACAACCAGGUGGAACUGUACACUUACAACCAUAUGAUAGAAUCAUGCAAUUCCCCAUUAGUAGGACCUGUCAAAGAAUACAUUAAGAAAUGGGUCCACAGUGAGGAAUCAUCUGACAUUCUGGGUUGUCAGCCGUUCAAGAAGCACUCACCAGAAUAUCGCAUGUUGAAAAUGCUCUCAGCAGGCACCAUCUCAGGCGAUGAUCCUUUAAAGUCACUAGGUGACGUUGAGUCAGACAUGCUGCUGACGUUGUUACGGCUGGUAGUGUUCCAUGCGGUGCGGGGCCAUGGUGACCGCAGUAUCCACAUCACUAGAGCGUUGAUCAGUCGUAUACCGCAGCCUGACCUGCGGCACUCUGCACUACAGGAAGUGCUGCUGCAUCCCCUCAUGCUGCUUCACUUCACCCCCCUACAGCCCCUCUCCCCCCACAACCUCACCCCCCUCGUCCUGGCCCUUGUAGACUUGGUGGACAGCCAGCACCAAAGACUUUUAAAACCCUACAAGAAGAGGUUUGUAGAACAUUUGCGAAAAGCGAUCAAAAAGAGAAAAAAGAUGACAAGUACAAAUCUACAAGAAACUUUUACCAAACUGGUAACCGGAGAAGAGGAAGUCUGUGCUCUUUUGUCAAUAAUAGCCGAGUUCCAGCCAGAGCUGGAAGAAUGGACAGAUCUGGCAGGAAAUCUGCUGCAGUCUGCCACGAGUCUGAAGUGUCUGCUGCCAGGGGAGGUUAUAACAGUGUUGUCCCAGCACUCCACCCUCCACACUCUUCUCGUUGAUUACUUGUCGGUCUUCCCACAUCUGAUUGACUGUCUUCAUCUGGAUUACAUGACAGCCAGCCAAGAGCAGUUGAGCAAACUGUCUUGUCUCGUGCUUAAGUUCGACGCAGACGGUAAUGUCCAGAAGAUGCUGUUGAAGAACAACAAGAGACAACCACAAGUAGUGUUCCCUGCGCUGGUUGUAGCGGGGCGUCAUGUGGACUCCUCACUGGUCAGACACUGUAGCCAACUGGUCGCCCACCUCCCUGAGUACCUGCAGUCCGACCCCAUUCCUGUCUGGCUGGAGGAGAACAGUGCCGCAAUUGGAGCUUUCCUUGCAGAGCUCACAGAUGCCGAGUGCCUGGAGAUAUACAACUGUUUGGAUAAUCAGCUGACUUGGACUUCUACACAUCUGAAUAUAGCCAGACACGUCUAUGUCAAGCUGGGCCACGUCGUCAACUUUGUCGUAAAAACUCUCAACAUGUUGGUGCCUCUCACAUCUCUUGCAACGUUAACAAGGGCAGAAGAGGUGUGUGCCUGUCUGAAGGAGGUGGUGGAGCCAGGAACCCAUGACUGGGAGCCUGUGAGGAACAAUGAGGUCUGGCCCAGCUGGGUCAGGCUGGCCCUGAAGCUAGGGGAAACCCCCGACACACAAGCCAGCUUCCUGUUGACUACACUGACAAAGCUGUGUGCUGCCAUCUACCAGGAGAAACACUCCAGGGUGGCCAACCUCACAGAAAUGGUCUUCUCACACUCCCAGUUCCUUGCGGUCUUAUUGGCCAAGCCCACCCCCACCAAGGCCGCAUUGUUGGAACUGGUUCUGACUCUCUUGCGACUGAAUCCAUCGGUGAUGGUGUCCUCUCAUGUUCCGAUAUUUCUAUCUGCGUACUCUGCCUCCCUUAGUGUCUGCGAUCAGCUGAUUCUGCAACUGCUGCAGUUAUAUGAGAGCCAGGGGUUCAGUCUGGCAGAGUGGAAGCCACUGCUGUGGGGAGAGUCAGCUGCAUCGUUCUACAGUGUCCGCAGUCAGGUGACUCCUGGUCUGUGGACUCGUCAAAGCUUCACUCAGCUGCUGGAUCUGUUUGAUGAGCAGCGAGUCAACAUGACCAUUGCACACUUUCCUAUUGACAGGGAUCUUAAGCCUAAAGUCACAAUUGAAGAUCAGCCCGAUAUUUACGACCCAGCGUUUUUUCUACCGAUGUUGGUCUCCAUGUUUGCACCUAGUGAGAUAUUCUUCACGUACAAAACCUGUCAAAGCGGCUGCCUCUCCCUGGUGCUGUCAGCUCUCGCCAGUCGUCACAAGGAUGUCAGGAUCGUUGCGUACGUCGCCCUACAACGGUUCCACUGCCAUUUAGAGAGCCACACUAACUCCCAAGACACGCUGUGGCUGCACUUCCUGGACGCUCUGAGGCUGGGCCUCAAUGCUGCGGACGGUGAGGUGCCGCGCCUCAAGUCGGUGGUGGCAGUGUUCCUGGCACGAACAGCCCAGGUGCUCACCAACCCCUCCCACCCCCUGUAUCUGCCGCUGUCACAGUUUGUGCUGGCCAAACCUCGCUUCCACCUGGACACUGUGCCAGAGCUGCUGCCGCUGUUUAACAGUGCCGACGUACAGCUGCACAACACGCGCCAGGAAUGGAUCCUGAACGUUCUGCGAGAUGGGAUACGAGACAAUGAAGAUUUUGUCCUGUGCCUCAAGAGUAUGGUCUUCAAAAUCAUCCUUGAUUUUUACUCUUCAACAUUGGCAUCUGAGAAAUCCAAGGUGCUGAUACUGGAGACAUUGCAGGCUACUGUGAGCGUGAAGGGUGCAGGUCUGUUGCUGAUGGGUUGUUACAGCCUGUAUCCCUGGCUGCACGAAGUGGUGCUGAACGCCACCUCAGCACUUCUGACUCCCCUGAUAACCAUAUUGACGGCAUUGCUGCACAAAUCCUCUGCUUCCCUGAUCCUGCCGCUGCUGAUCCACCUGACCACUUUACCGCAGCUCACAGAGCAGCAGCUGACCGCAGUACUGGCUGCCCUUGUUCCAUACCACCUCGCUGCGGACACGGUCACUCGUCUGGUAGAGACGGUGGAGUCUACGCUUGGUGGCGCCUUUGAACACAAGACGAUGCUGGCCAAUGGGGUCAAGUACGUGGAGUCUGCACCAGUGGACAGUACGGAUGCUAGAGGACACCUCAAGAAUAUUGUUUUAAGAUUGUUGAAAAAUGAAGAAUAAUGAUUGUUAAGAAAAUUGUUUAAUGUUGCCAUUAGAUGGUUGUGAGUACAAAAACUUGUAUAGUUUUAGUCUAUAUUUUGUACAUAUGUAAAUACUUUUAUUUUUCUUGACUGUUCUUUUAUAUCUUGUUAUAAUUUAUAACAAUAAAGUAUUAAUUAUAUUUGUGUCA